AAGGCAAGUGAAAGCAAAGAGAGAAAGACAGAAGAAAAGAUGGAUAAUGAGAGAGAAUUUCUGGAUCAUAAAAGCGGAACAGAUGAAGGAAUAUUGUGUUAGUAAGUGAUGAUUGAGAGAAAGAUGGAAGGAGAGCUGUGGAAGAGGAGGAGGAGCGAUGAAAAGAGAUAUUGAUGAGUUCAGCAGUGAUUUAGUUUCCAUCAUGGAGAGCGAGGUUGGUAUGGAGACCCGGACGCCUCUCGGCCCUCUGACUCCCUCACAGCAGAACGGCGAAGGCAGUGCUCCAGAUUUCUCCAAACUCACGGCGUCUCAGUUCGGCAUCACCCCCAGCAGCUUCACCACUUUCCCCAAAGACAAAGAUAAAUCCAGAGUGGCCCAGCUGAAGUCCAGGAGAAGAUCCAGCAUCGGCGUCAGAGGAUCUCCUGAAACCAACUCUCUCAUCUGCUUCAGAGCCAAGCAGGUCAUGAAGACACCUCCUUCUCUUCCUCCUCGCACUCCUCCUCCUCGCACUCCUCAGCACUUGCUGGAGAGUCCCCUGUUUUCGGGCCGUGACUCCAUAAAGCAGAAGAUGGCCGCUUUCCAGCGUCUGAUGGAAACGGACGAGGAGAACACGGUGAUGAUGAAGGAGGAAGAGGAGGGAGUGAGACACACCCAGUCUGACGUUAACAACCAUCCGGAGGAGAGCGAGAACCGACUCGCUCCCGUAACCCCGCCACUAUCCAAGAGACGCCGCAGGGGAACUCCUCAUCGGAGUGCGUGGGAGCAGCAGAUCGAUGAGGAGCCGCUGUCGAGUUCACACACACUCCGAAACACGAGCACGAGGAACACAACGGGACUGCAUUUACACGAGACGCAGUCAGAACAGGUGGAGUUCAAAAGCCCCAAGAUGGUACAGAGUCUGGGUUUGGGUUUGGACUCGCAGUCUCAGCUCUUGUCUUUACCCAUGCUGUCCAAGCCCGAGCUGAUCAAAACAGGAGAGGCAGACGUCUCGUCUGCGUCCAAAAAGAAGCGCGUUCGUUUCGGCGCUCCUCUCUCCCCCGAGUUCUUCGACAAAACUCUCCCCCCCAGUACCCCGCUUCAGAAAGGUGCCACGCCCGCCUGCCCGCCCUCGUCCACAGGGCGCAAACACUCCCUCCUCAAAACACCACAGAGGUUCGAGUCUCUGCCUCAGCCUGAUUUCAGCAGUCCUGCAGGAAACGGAGCAUCGCCGGCUCUGAACACACACUCCUACUGCAACCGAGGAGACACCGAUGAGGUGUUCCUGGACUUUCAGAAGAUUGCUUUCCCCAUCAUGGAUGAGGAGUACGAUAAUCCCCCAGGGGACAGUACAGCUUCAGCUGAAAUUGUCUCUCUCGCAGCACAUCACGACGCACUCAGUAAACAAACCGAGACGACCGACGCUGCUGUUCGAGAAGAUGAAGGAAGCCAUAUUUCCUGUACAGCUGCUCCCGAGCAUCCUGAUCAUCCUCCAACAGCAGAAGCAGAGCUCAGGAUCGAACAAGAAGAGCAGCAUCAGCUUUUAGAGACCCUCCAGUUUUCCAUCGAGUCGUCCACCGAGGCUCCUCGCUCUCGUGGGAGAAAAAGGAAGCAACCAGCCAAGAGCGAGAUGACGGAGGCCAGAAGGAGCUCUCGCUCUGCUGCCGAAUCCGCCAAGGGCAAAAUCAAGACCUCAUCAGCGAAGAAGCGAUUCGGAGCGAAGGAGGUGGACCGCUCGCUCUACGGCAAGAGAGACUACGCCUCCAAAAACCCUCUUCUCAGCCCCAUCGUAGAGUCCGCGGCCUCCAGCCUGAGCUGCACCCCGACACAACCCCGUACAGAUGAGAACCCCGACUCUAGUCCUGCUUUUAACACUAAUCCGAGUGAAACCGCAUCGUCUGGCACCACGGCUGAUCUGGUGGCCGCGGCCGCUCUGUGGCGUCGUCGUUUCUUACGUCACACCAAAGACACCAAAUCGGACGGCAACCAGAGCGCCGAGAGCGAGGGACCUGUCUCUACUGUCCAAUCAGAAACCGAGGUGAAGUCUGAGGGUGGACGAGUGAGCGCUGGGAGACCUGCUCGAGGAAGGAGGAACUCAGCAGGCCGGCGCCAGAGUUGGGGUGGCGCUAGAGUGCUGGACGAGUGUGAGGAUGGAGAUAAGAAGUCUGAGGUCCAUCAAACCGAAUCCAACCAGGAAAGUAGAAAAACAGAACCGAGGGGACGGAAGAGAGCUGGAAGGAGAUCCCGCUCUGUAGAGGAGACCCAGGAAGAGCUAGAACAAAGAGGGUUAGAUAAGACGUGUGAGGACACGGUGGAAUGUGCAGGGGACGAGAAAGAAGAAGCGGAGAAGAACGACGAGGACAUGAGGCAGACUGCAGGACAUGAAGUGGAGGAGAAAAAAACGGAGGAUGUGAGACAGUCUUUAGGAACUGAAGAAGUCAAGAAGAAUGACAUGGACAUGAGAGAGACUUCAGAACAGAAAGCUGAGGAGAAGAACCACGAGGACAUUCAUCCGUCUUCUGUCCCUUUAGAAACCCUGGAAACCUGGCAGCAGCCCGACUUCUGCAUCGAGGACAUCCUGAAGCCCGUAGCAAAGAGUCGCGGCUCGGUGAGACGCAGCCUGAGACACCGCAGCAGCAUGGAUGUCCUGGCCAAAGGUCUCGCCUGGGUGGAGCACACGUCCCCGCAGAUGAACACCACAAACCAGAGGAGGACACGUGGCAGACUGAGCGCCGUCUCUCAGCCUCCUCCGUUUCCCGACGAGAAACCACUCGAGAUCUGCCACUGACUCCAGCACAUCGUUUUUAUAAUUUUAUAUGAUUUUACAUGAUUGUAGUUCGGCCCUGGUGUUAGUGUUAUUCUGUAUCACAAAUCGCUUCUGCUUCAGAUUUGACUCCUUCACAAGGUCCAUGAUUGACUGAGAAUCUCACCAACAUCAGGUUGGAUUUUUUUUUAUUAUUAUUCGUUCCUACAUAACACUUCCAUCUCAUAUGUACAACUACAGCAACCAGAUUAAACUAAAUCCCGAACAAA